AUGAUGUUGAAGGGGGCAUUACCCCCGACCAUCGUGAUUGCCAUGCACCAAAGCAGCGCUGUCGCUGAUAUCACUACUACCAUCGGCUACUUGGCAGCUUUGAUGUCUAUUGUAGCUCAAGCGUUAAUGCCUCGUGCCAAGUUCAUGAAGAUCAUGCUCUUCAAUCUCAUAGCAGUCUGUGUAUCUGCUUCACUUUGCUGUCUGGCAGUCUUCUCCGCUGUGAAAGCAAGACAACAUGCUACACCGCCCGAUGCCAGCGAGAGUGUAAGAAACGGCUAUAACAGUGAUGCUUGUGCUGUUUCUGGGGUGUGGUUGAUCGUCAUGAUCUGGGCCGCAAACACCCUCCGCGCAUGGCGGCCUAUGGAGCUGCAAGAUACAAUGGUGGCCUUUUCCAUCUUUUCCUGCGUCACCAUGACCCGAGGGGGGAUGUUCAUAACAGUACCCCAAGGGCUGGACUUCAUCAAUAGGUUGCUCAAAGGCUUUCUGCUCGGCUUUGCAGUGGCCACAGGUGUAUCUCUUUUUAUCCUGCCCAUCACAAGCCGGGGCAAUGUCUUUCAUGAUAUUAGGAACUACGUGACUCAGAUCGAUACCUUGAUGCAGGCCCAGAUUUCAUUUGUCGAGGGCACAUCGUCCGGUACAGCCUGGACAGGGGCCCGGGGACUGUUGCACCGAACGAGGACUGCCCGAAGUUUGCACGACAGGGACAGCACCAGUACCGAAUCGGAACUGGAUGUACAGAGGAAACACUUAACAACGGCGCUGACAAAACUCAAUGCCUUGCAUGGUAAGCUGCAGGCCGACCUCUUCUACUCCAAGGACGAGUUGGCUUGGGGUAAACUAUCAGCGGAAGAUCUUGGUCAUAUCAACAACCUUCUACGCAGUCUACUGUUGCCGCUCUCAGGCAUGGCCAUGCUACCAGAGAUUUUGGAGAUGAUUAUCAAGAACGAGGGCGAACACACGGCGGAAGUAUUUGAGCUGCCAGAGGAGCACACCUUGAGAGUAUCAGAGAUACAAAAGGUUGUCGAAACCCUCCAUAGGCGGCUUGUGGAAUCAGCCGGGAUGAUGAUGUCGGGUUUGCACUAUACAUUACUGUUACUGGAACUCACCAAGCGAAAGACGCUAGAGAAGCAGAACAAUGGCGGGAGCGAUGAGGAAUCAAGAGGAGGAAAACUCGAUACAUUAGACCCAGAUUUCGCAUCGAAAUUCGGCCAUGAGCUACAGGAAUUCUUUUCGCGCCGGAAAGAACUUCUAAGGGCUCUGGCAUCACUCGAGGCUUUUUCUAUUUCCGAAAUGGACGACGAUAACGCCUCCACAGACGGCAGUCAGAGACCGGUUGCAUCUGACUCGGAGGUCAGACACGAGUUCUUCCUAAUCCUCUAUUUGGAUCAUUUGCAGGAUGGUUUGCUGAAAGCAACGCUCGACUUGAUCAAAUUUGCAGAUAGCAAGGUGGCGGAUGGUACGAUGAAGCGAAAUAGAUUGAUCUUUCCAAAGCAGAAAACUGUUCUGGAGUGGCUAUCCCUCAACGCUGACACCAAGGAUGAUCCAGUGCGCAGGCGAUCAUCAGAUGUUGAUCCAGGGGAUAUUCAUGAGGAACAUGGGCAUGAACAUUUUCCUGAUCCCGAACAUAUGGCCCCCUCCAACUUAUUUGAACGUGGUAGUAAUAUUUUACGGCAUAUCUCUCGCAUUAUCAAAUCGGAAGAGAGCGUUUUUGGUUUUCGCGUGGCAGCAGCAUCAUUCUCUGUCGGUAUACUUGCCUAUUUGCAUCAGACACAGGACUUCUUUAUUCGACAGAGAUGCAUCUGGGCCAUGAUUGUUAUUGUAAUCGGGAUGAACCCGACGAGCGGACAGACCAUGUUUGGAUUCUUUGCUCGAAUUGCUGCUACCGUGGUCUCCCUGGUCUUGAGCUUCAUUGUCUGGUACAUUGUCGAUGGAAAGACGGCAGGUGUCAUUGUUUUCCUCUAUCUUGCCAAUGUCUUCGAGUACUAUUUCUGGAUCAAGGUGCCUCAAUAUUUCGGUGCAAUAAUCGUAUCUAUUGUCACGUUGAAUGUGAUUGUUGGAUACGAACUGCAAGUACGCAAGCUCGGUCUUGAAGUCGGAACAUCAAAUGGCCAACCAUACUAUCCCAUCUACCUCUUCGGACCAUAUAAACUGGCCGCCGUAGCCGCAGGCUGCGCCAUCUCUUUCUUCUGGGUGAUCUUCCCGUACCCCAUAACAGCCAAAUCACAACUACGCAUAGCCCUAGGACGCGGACUCUUCGUACUGGCCAAGUUUUACAGCUGCAUGCACACGACGAUCGAGCUCUGGCUUAAAGACGAACUCGGCAACGUGCAAGACAUCCAGUCCGCCUCCUACAAACUCACCACCACCCGCCACAAAGUCUUCAAGGAGGUAAUGAUGCUCCUCAACGCCCUCCGCGCCCACAGCCACUUUAGCACCUUCGAGCCACCCAUCGGCGGCAAAUUCCCUAAACCCGUCUACGACCGCAUCAUCGCGGAGAUCCAGCGCAUCCUCACCAGCAUGGCGCUCAUGGCCCACACAACGCAGAACCUCGACGUCAUCGCUGUGGACAAGGGUGCGCUCGACCCGCAGGAUAAAUGGCUGCAGAAGAUCGACCAGGAGUUGCUGAAUAUCAAGCACGUCGAGGACCCGGCGUUCUCGGCGUUUGUUGCGUUGGAGGUCCUGCGGUCAGUCGUGAGUUUCAGUCUAAAGGAGCUGUUGAGGUGCAAGGGUUUAGGGGCAUCAGCAGCCGACCCAACCCCCAGUGAGAGUGCAGCCCGACAGGCUGCCUGGAACUGGGGCUUCAGAACUUCAUGUAGGAGUCUGUACUUUAAACCUUAG